UUGUAGGCAGAGUCGCGGUCAGACUGUUUGCAAGUCUGAUCAGACUUGCUGUGUAAUGGCUACAACAACUUACAUCGCAUCAAGUGCAGUGUGUUCUGAUCCAGUCAGUGUGCCAGACUGUCUCACCAUGAACAUAGUGAACAAUCCAGGGUAUGGGCGUGAGGCCCACGAAAUGAAGUAUAUGCCCCAGCACCAGGCGCCCAUGGCCCACAACCCAUGGGUGGGUCUUCCUCCGUCAGACCCAAGUCACUGGGCCAUGCACUCACACCCGGGUCUUCACCAGGAUAUCAAGCCUCAACCGUCAGAAGUGGCCAUCCACCACCGUCCAGUCCAUCAUAUGACCCAUGGCUGGCAGCCGCCCGUCUCCUCGCCUUACAGCUUGGCGGCGGGCAACGGCGGCUCUCCGUUGGGUCACCACUACAUCAACGGCAUGAUGCCCCACCAGAUGCACCCUGGGCACCUGAGAGACAUGCCCUGUGAGUCCCCCGGCACGCCAGACCAUCACAUCCACCACGAGGUCGAGGAGGAGACCCCAACCAGCGACGACCUCGAGCAGUUCGCUAAAUCGUUCAAACAGAGGCGCAUUAAGCUGGGGUUCACACAGGCGGACGUGGGACUCGCCCUCGGCACCCUCUACGGCAACGUCUUCUCCCAGACCACCAUCUGCAGGUUCGAGGCUCUACAGUUGUCAUUCAAGAACAUGUGCAAGCUGAAGCCUCUCCUGAUGAAGUGGCUGGAGGAGGCAGACUCUACCACGGGCAGCCCCACCUCCAUCGACAAGAUCGCCGCCCAGGGGAGGAAGCGCAAAAAGCGGACCUCCAUAGAGGUGUCCGUGAAAGGGGCCCUGGAACAACAUUUUCACAAGCAGCCAAAACCGUCAGCACAGGAGAUCACACAGUUGGCAGACAGCCUGCAGCUGGAGAAAGAAGUAGUGCGAGUGUGGUUCUGUAACAGACGACAGAAAGAGAAGCGGAUGACACCUCCAAUAAUCGGCCAGGGCCCCGACGGUCAGGGUGUCAACGGUACCCCACCAGGUCCGGGUCAACAGAUCACGCCCACGCCAGACUACGGACAGCCCAGGUCAGUAGAACUUCCCCGGGAACUAAAGUACACAGGCUACACCCACCAGACGAUGCAUGGGUCCCCUACACACCUCCCGCCCCAACACUCCCCGCCAGGACCCCUACUCUCACCACAGAUGCCACCUCAUAGCGUGGCGCCUUCGCACGCGGUUUCCCACUGAUGGUCGCUAAACCUGUGGCAGGAGCCAGCGUACUGACCAGCACCCAGUGGGAACCGCGAACGUUCCCCCAGGACUCUACCUGCCGCCCCUCACUAUAACUCAAGCCUCCAACAACACCUGCAGAGGCUGAGUUUAGAGGGGCCGUGGCGCUGACGUUCAUAAAACGUCUGUCGUCGCUCCUGCCGGCAGUAGGAGAGUCCCAUGCACCUCUAGUCCCCGGGCCGGCCAGCCUGGCCCUUCCUCGGGAAGAGGGGCGGCCCCCGAGCGGCCAGAUUGUCAACACGAAGCCAGAUUAAUAUUUACCAGAGAGAAACCUGGUGUGUCCAUAUAUGUGAAAACUCCUUCAGUGAUAAACCUAUUUUAUGUAGACUGACCUCGAGCUGAGCUGAGGAAGUGUGUAUAAAAGAUGAACCUUUAGUAGAUCCAUCAUUCCAUACUUCGCCAGACAUUCCAUAAGCUGGUGUGACUGACUGACUCUCCUCAGAGCGCUCUUGUCACACAUAUUCCUCAGUGAGACGAUAAGUAGUAGUGUAAAGACUGAGCUUCAUAUUACGUGUGAACAUUAUGUAGCGGUUACCUCGAGUUUUUUGUGUGCGUGUUUGGAACAUUCCAGUGGUGGUGAGUGGCGGGUGGCAGCUGCUGCGGGCGGGCUGCUGGGCGGCCGCCGCCCGACACCUGGCCCCGUGGGCGGCCUGUGGGCGGCCUCCGCACCGCCCACCCACACGCCACACUCAUUCUUAUCACGAAAUUAAAAAAUUGGGUGGCGGUGCUGGCGGGGCAGGAAUGUUGUGGGUCCGUCCGUGCUGACGAGCCGACCGCCACUCACACACCCGCUACACCUCCCUCACUACACCGCCCUGCCGCUACACACACACACAUCGGACCAGCUAUUUCUAUGUGGCAAGUAGAAAUUAUCUCUUGGGAACUAUUUCUGUGAGUGGUGAGGGCGAGGAGCGACCAUCUGGUGAGUGUUGUGUGGCCGCCCGUGGCUCUGGCCGCCGCUCGCCACCGUGUACAUAGUCACCCGUGUAAAUACUGGAGAAUCCGUGACGGCGUCCGCUAGCUGGCGCGCCGCACUUGUGAUAUGUCUCAAGAGCUGAAUUUAUAAUAAUUUCAUUGUAAUAUAUGUAUCAUUCAUACUUAGAUUAACCCCCUGAGUAUAUUUAGUUUGUGUUGACUGUUUCCCGCUGCUGCUAAUACGUCGGAGUGGGCCAGGUGCAGGUGCGUGCGGUCGUGAUGUACUGUAGUGGUGUACAGUAAAUGCCUCCGUGCCGCCGUCGCCCGCGCCUUGCCAUCGCUGCCGCUGCCAUCCUUGUCGCCGCCGCUGCUGCCACCGCCGCGGCGCCCCUCACCGAUCCGCAGCAGUGGCGGGUGGCCGGUGGUGGCGGCUCCCUGGCGACCCACUGCAACCCCACGGCAACCCAAGGCAACAACGUCCUCAACCUUCAACAAACCGGAUUCCGCUGCGACGGGAGCGCCUUCUGGGACCCGGAGAAGCUGAUCCACCUGAGAGACUCACCACCACCACCACCUGUGAUCGUUCCCGGGAGACCCAACACCAGCUGGGGUUAUCCCGGGGGUGCGUGGCUGUGUGCAGCGGUCGGUGGGGCGCGGACCGCUGGCCAGCUGCGAGGUGUGAGCUCCCCUCCUCCACCUCCCCUGCUGCACGGAGGACCCGCCACACUUCCCACCGUUGUCUGGCGCCCCUCACUCCACAACUCUGCUCUCCCCUCCACGUCUCCCACCGUCGCUCUUAUUGACCCGUCGACGCCGCCUACUUCGUUAAGGGCGCCUGUGAGUCGCCCCUUCCUGCAGUAGAGCAACCCCUGAGCUCCUCCUGCUGCAACGAGGGGAACCUCCAUGUCCCACACGAACCCUUGUGGAGUCUCCCCUUCCUGCAGUAGAGAAGCCUCAAGGUUCCUCCUGCUUCAUCAAGGAGAGUCUCCCAGAUCCAACAAGAGCCGUUGUGUGGGUUCUUCCCGGUGUCCAGCAGAGGAGGGGGAUAGGUGAGGAGUUGUCUGUCCCUCCCCAGUGGCUGCCCACCGUCUGCUACAACAGUGGGUUUUGGUGGGUGAGGAUGUGAUGGCUCAACAGUGUGGGUUGGUCGGGUGGUGGUGGUGAGGAUGGCCACCCGCCCGCCACUCUGAGUGUUGUGAUGAUGGUGGGUGACACAGGCGGGCGCCCCUGCUCAACGCCGCACCCUGUCUGUGUUUGUUAUAUUAAUGUUCUGAAUGUCUGUACGAGGCUCUAUAGUAACGUAGCUGGUAUGGUGAUCCUGACCUCAACCUCACGACUACAUACCGCUAUUACUGUUGUAACUACAAUUACUACUACUAUCAUGUAGCCCCUCACGGGUAUAUUAAAAAAAAGAGAGUUAUGAGGACUUAUAUUAGUGCUAUAAUGAUUUCAUUCAUACAUUAACGAAAAUCGUCUUGAUAGGAACAGAAAGAACAUUUUACACAUGUGAACUUUGUUUGUGUGUCAAAGUACAAAGGAUCACGUUGACAACAAAUUUAAUAAUCCACGUAAGAAACAUUACUUGGAAAUCUGUAGUCAAGAAAUAUGUACAUAACCUUGUAUUAAACUUAUUAUGAAUAAUAAAAGAAAGAUUUGUCUAUA